AUGGCUGUUCUUGCGCCUGUAGACUGGAAUUCGCCCAGAGAUAACACCAUGGACGCGCCCAAGCAGCGGUCUCAGUCCGCCGAUCCGUCCCAGCCGACCUUCCAGCCGCCCCACCCUCAGCGCCAGCAAUCCCAAGCCCAGCAGCCGCCUGCAGGACCACCCUUCGUCUUCCAACAACAACCCCAAGGCUCCUGGACGCCCUCCAUCGCUGCCCAACCCUUUUAUCCGUCCUUCUAUCAAAAUCAGCAGCAGCCGCAGCAGCCUCAACAACAGCAGCAGCCCUACCCUCCGCAGGCCUACCUCGACCCCGCCAACGCCCAGAUCGCGCAGUGGGCCUACCACCAGAUGAUGGUGCAGCAAGGUUACACGAUGCCGCCUCAAAUGCAGCACCCAGGCCAGCGCGGUUCACCCCAGGGCGCCCCCGGCGACUUUUUCUCCCAAAAUACGUUCAACCCCUUCCCAUCUGGCACCCCGCCCCCCAACCCGCGCACCGGGAGCUCGACAGACGUCCCAGCAGGACCGCAGUUUGCCGGCUUCCAUCCCUAUCGCAGGCCGAAUCGCCAAGCGUCACAUUCCUCUUCGGACAAUAACGAGUGGCGCCCGCCGCCAGCUCAAGCGCCCUACGCUCGUCCCGAGGCUUCCGGCUCGUCGUCCUCGCUGAACUCCAACGGCAGCGGCGGCCAGCGCCAACGGACGAACAGCAACCACAGCGGCCAGAACGUCCCGUCGCCUGUCGGACCUGGCGGCCGGAGGAUGUCGCCGAGCAAUUCACCGUCCCCGCAAGGGCAGCCAUCGCGCACGCCACAUCACCGUACUGGCUCGGGAUCAUCAUCUUCGACUGCCACGGCUAGCCUGAGGCAGGGUCGAUCGCCCUCAGUGUCCUCAGGCACGUCGGCGACAUCUACGCCUUCCACCGCGACAUCGACUUCCCAGGCGCGCGUCGCGCGCCCGUCGCCGCUCUCACAGGGUGUCACCUCCACCUCGGAGAAGCGCAUGUCCCGCGAUGACAGCGAUCUCGCUCAAUUCAUGUCUUCCGCGCCGUCGGACAUGACUCCAGGGGGCAAGGAUGUGCACCGCAGCGGUCUCAAGGGACGAUUACGACGUGCCUUAUCGCUCAACGCUUCGCAGACCCUGCAGGAGGAGAACGAGGACGACGACGCGUCGAUCAAGGCUUCUACGUAUGCUGCCACCAACGGCAAGAAGGAGGCUACGUCUGCAGGGAAGGCGCCUAUGGGGCCGGACCAUGGUCAGGACGAUGGCGCGUCGACCGCGACGGUGCAGACGAAGAAGAGUCGCUCGCUCUUCAACCGCCGCUUCAACGCCAGUACGGACAACAUCUCGCUGUCCUCCACUGUCAGCAGCGCGAGUGUCAUGAUCCGCAAGCUCGGCUCAAUGGGCAAGCUCGCACGACGUAACUCGCUCGCCGGCAUCACGUCGCUCUUCAAGGACAAGGAGAAGGACAAAGAGGGCGACGGAAAGAAGUCGAAGAAGAAAAAGGGGAAGGGCGAGACGAGCGAGGCUAGCGUGUCGCACGUCACUGCCGAGAUGGAUAGGUUGGGUUCGGAUUGGAAUGCUCCGGAGAUGGCUGGGCUGAGCCCGGCGGCGAAGCUGGCACGACAACACACGUUGAAGACCAACGCCGAGGCAGCAGCGAAGGCGAAGGCGGAAGCUGAGGCGGCGGCAGCAUCGGCAGCAGGAGGAAGCGCGGCUGGGGUUGCGACGUGGGAUCGCAACACGCAUACACGGCAGGGCUCCGCUUCGCCAGUGAAGGGUGGAGGCAUCGUGCGUGUCAACGAGGAUGGCACGCGCGUGAUUGUAGAAGAAGAUGAGGACGACGAUGAUCGGAGCGACGACGCGCACUACGGGACCACGUAUGGCACGACGCACGAGGGUUGGAAUGACGAUGAGGAUUGGGACGGUCGGGAUGAGGACACCGGCGACGACUUCGAGGAGGACGUGACGAUCACGCAGCCGGUGAACAUCAACGGCAUGACGGCGAUCCAGCGUCUCAGCUUGGAUAGCGACGGCGGCGUAUUUCAGUUCGUACAAUUCGAGCCGCAGAUUCACCAGCCCCGCGACCCAGAGCGCGAGAAGAAGCCGAAGAAGGGUAUCCUGAAGAAUGCCGGCACCUACAACCAGCACAGCUACUUGGCGGACGGUUCGACGCCUGCGAUGCGGACACGGUCCAACUCGUACAAUGCCCAUCCGGCGCAGGUUGAGCCGGGCCCGCUGGCCCGUAUGCCGUCGCCAGACCCUGACCAUAUCGACGGGCUUCAUCGACACGGUUCGCACUCUUCGCACCACUCCACGCCAACGAACGCGGCCGCGCCAACGUUGCCUCCCCUCUCCUUCGACUCGACUAUCGCUGUUGGCGAGGCGACGCAUAAGGAGCAGACCGACCACAUCGUCUCACCGUCGCCUACCGGUGGUGGCGGUGACCGGACGUCGGCGAUCUUCAUCCACCCGAACUCGUCCGCACCGGCGCUGUCAACGAUCGCGAAGGCGCCGUCAUUGACGCAUCGUUCGGCGACUACGCCAGCCAAGUCGCCCGCGUUCUCGAACGCGUUGUCAUUGUGGGAGACGUUUCCGAAGUUCGUGUACGACCGGCGAAGCGAGCCUGCGACCUGGAGUCGGUUGACCCCCGCGCUGGCGCAGUCCAUCAAGGAGGAGCUGAACUCGUACAAAAUGGAGGAGAUGGAGGUCCACGCGGCCAGCCGUAUCCACACGCAGUUCUUUGUCUGA